CCUCUUGUCAGCUUCAUUCUCUGACAUCGACAUAUUUCGAGUUUGGACUAACAAUUUGCAAAAUAUUUUUGCUUUCUUUCUAACAAUUUAAUAUUUCUUUUUCUUUAUUAAUCAAUUACACGUAAAAGUGCGGCUGCCACAACUACGACGUCGAAGACGUAAACGAAAAAACAAAACAAAAAUAAUCACGGUCGAACAUCAUCACCAUCAACAUGUUUUGGGAUAAAAACGAUUCACCCUCACAAAAUAUUGAGGCUCUGCUGGAGAGGGAGAAUUCUACAGUGGAGGAAUUUUUGGAUGAAGAUGAUAUUAUACAGGAAUGUAAAACUCAAAAGAAAAGCAUUGUCAACUACUUUACUCGCCCCGAUGUCAUUAAACGUAUGAUCGAAUUAAUAACAACAGAACCUCCAGAAGAUUUACCAUUGGCUCAACGUUUUCGUCAUGCCAAUGUGGCAUGUGAAAUUUUAUUGCUCGGCCUACCGUCCUUAGAUGAGAAACUGAUCUCCGAAGAAGAGACAUUAAAAAUGCUAUAUUCAUAUCUGGAAAAUGAACCACCGUUAAAUCCCUUGCUAGCAUCAUUUUUUAGCAAGACAUUUAGCAUGCUCUUUACCAAAAAGUCUGAUCAAGAUUGGUUUUUGUAUCAACAAUUGUGCCUAAAACUUUUGGAGUUUUUAAAAACGCAAAGUAAUUUUUUGGAUUUGAUAUGCAAGCAUUUCAGUACGCCCGUCAUACCCGAUUUAAUUAUGGAAAUGAUGCGUAAUGUUGAGGGUGCUCAAUUAAAGAGGAGCUUGUACGAGUGGUUAAAUGAAGAAAGACUGGUUGAAAAACUUAUCGACAUCAUUGGUGAUCCCGAACAAAGUGAGAAGCAUGCAAAUGUUGCUGAAUUCCUCUGUGAUCUUAUACAUCAGGGACGCACCAUGCGUCAAAGUGAUCAAGAAAAUGAUAGUUUUGAACCAAUUUUUGAAGGUUCGAAUCCUAUAUUGAAAAAUAUCGAAAGUGCAACCACUUUAUUUGCCUUGUUUAAUGUGAUCCUGCAACCAAAUGCUCUUGAAAGUGCUAUUGUAUCUGGCAUAACGGUUGUACUUAAAAUAAUUAGACCCGUAAUGCUGAUAGAUGAACGUAUGUCAGACCGUUUGCAAUUUUUACAAGAUCGUGAAAAGGAAAUCCACAAUGAGUUAUUAUCGACUGUGAUCCGUGUUAUUGAACCUCAACUUAAACACUUCAAUGAAUUACUUAGGAACCCGCCAAAAAAAGCCGAUAUUGUCAUAUCAGCCGGUUUAUUAUCACCACCCUUUGGUAUGACACGCUUACAAAUUUGCCGUCUAUUUACAGUAUUACUGCAGACUAAUAACGAAGAGAUUUGCAAAGCUAUUUGCGAAACAGAUUUCUUCGAUAUAUUGCUAACAUUAUUCAAAGAAUAUCCCUGGAAUAACUUUUUGCACAGCGAAGUGGAAAAAUGUCUUCAUACAAUUUUUUAUACUUCCUCAACAAAUAAUGCCAAUAAUAAUACAACACAACCGGCAAAUGGCCCACAAAAUACCGAUUUCAAAUUCCUCAAUAGCGGUAUAGAUAUUUUUCAGGAUUUAUCAAAGUCAAGCAAACCAGAAUUAUCGGAUGAAAGUAAGGAGCAUAUAAGAACUCAUUUUAAUUUACAGUUAAUUGUGAAUUGCCAAGUGGUUUCAAGGCUUAUAGAAUGCUGGAAAAUUAACAAAGAAAUUGAGUCUGCAGAAAAAGGUCGUCGCCUGGGUUAUAUGGGACAUUUAAUUAAAAUUUUCAAACAUAUUACAACCUGUAUAUCAGAAUCGGAACAUAUCGGUGCCUUAAUCGAAAAUAAUCUUAAAGAUGAUACUGAACGUGAACUAUGGCAGUCUAUUGUAAAUAGCACAGAUGGUGAAUUAACUCAGGCCUUAAAAACGCAAAGUAAGCUAUUGGCCAAUUGUGAAGCAUGUGAUUAUGAUAUAUCUCUGGACUUCCUGACCGAUAAUGAUUUUUCGGGUGCUUUCAACACUCAAUGCGCUCUCACGGAUGCCAUGGACACAGACUUUCUUUUUACACUUGAUUACAAUACGCAAAAUGACUCUGAUGAUGAUGAUGACGACGACGAAGACGAUGAUGGCGACGGCAAUGAUAGUGACGAUAAUAAUGAGAACGGCAACGAAGAUAAUGGCAACCAUCAUCAAGUCAAAAAUGCUCUAAAUUUGUUUCAGUUCGGUCGCAGCAAUGAUGAUGACGAGGAUGACGACGAUGAGAAUAACGCAGCUGGUGAUGUGCUAUCCUUCGACGCCAAUCCCUUGUCAAAACUAAAGUCAUUUACGGUGACCAGCAAUCCAUGGGAUACCAAUGAUGAUUUUGAUGUCUUCAAAUCGGCCAGCAGUGCAAUGACAUGGGCGCCGGAAAGUACUUCAAGUACCGCGGAUAAUUUUGCCGAUUUUGAUGCGCACUUCAGUUCCUUUACCAAUGAUAUGGGCGAGACGCUGGCAGGCACAAUUUCAUCAAUGAUUAAUGACAACAAUACGGCCGGCAAUAAUGAUGUUACAAACUCAAGGUCAUCGUCAGACGACAACACAAUGGUUAAUUUAUCCAAUACAACAACGUCUGAGGAAUAUGACAAUAAUGCCAAUGUAGAGAAAUUGUCGUGGUCGGGGGAACUUCCAUCAUUCCAGUCGAGACAAACAACGUUUAUCGAUGACUAUGAAGAUGAUGAAGGUAUGUGGACAAAGCCAUUGGGGGCAUCCGCUUUAAAUAAUAGCGACAACAAUGAACAAGAGUCGUGUGAAAAAGCUGAUGUUGAAACGGUGACGACGACGUCGUCUGCCAUUACAAAUGGACCCACAACGACGAGUCCGGAUGAAAAUGAAAAAGAAGAUAAUUCAAUGGAAAAAGACGAACAAGAAGCGGCAACUAAACAACUGAAUAACGUGGAUGUUGUUGAACAACCUACCACUAAACAACAGCUAGAAGAUGAUGGCAAUACAACAAAUCUAACGAAUAAAGAGGAACUGCAUCAAGAAAAAGAUUCAGAUGCAGAAGACAAAAAUAUAAUUAUCAACAAUGAAGAUGAUGAUACAUUAACUAAGCACAAAUCAACAAUAGAGGCCGAUAAUAAUACUGCUGAUAUUAAGGAUAAUAAAAUAACCGAUAAUACUGAUGCAACAACAACAAGUACUCCUAUUGCAGAUGAAACUACAACGUAA